GCCGAGGCGAUGGCGACUGGGACGCCAGACUCGCAAGCGCGAUUUGGUCAGUCCGUGAAGGGACUGCUGACGGAAAAGGUGAACACUUGUGGUACUGACGUGAUAGCGCUCACGAAACAGGUGCUGAAGGGCUCGCGGAGCUCUGAGCUGCUGGGUCAGGCAGCUCGGAACAUGGUGCUCCAGGAAGACGCCAUCUUGCACUCGGAAGAUAGCUUAAGGAAAAUGGCCAUAAUCACCACACAUCUUCAGUACCAGGAGCAAGAAGCUAUUCAGAAAAAUGUUGAACAGUCGUUGGAUCUACAGGACCAGUUGAAUCAUCUGUUAAAAUAGGACAGCUCACCAGAGGGCAGAGACAUUUCAGGCCUCGUGCUGAGGAGAAGCGAGCUCUGGAAGGCCUUGUGCUGUGUAUUGAUUGUCCCACCUUGGCCAGACUUUGUAGAUGAGAUUUGUGGAUGAUGUGUAGUUUCUCCUGAGGGAAGUUAGGUAGUUGCUUUGGAGGUACUUCAUGAAUUGCAUUAACCCCAUGUCCUUAUUGAAUUAUUUAUGUUUUGAAUUUUUGGAGGGGUUGGUUUGGGGCUAUACCUGACACUGCUCAGGAUACUGAAUAUUGAAUUUGGCAAAUGCCCUUCCUGCUGUACUGGCUCUCUGGGCCUCUUAUUGAAUGGUUAAAUGUCUUUUUUUAUUUGUUUGUUUGGUUUUGGGGCUUAACCUGGUGGUGGUCAGGUAUUAUUCCUCGCUCUGCACUCAGAAAUUACUACUGGCAGGCCCGGGGGACCUUAUCCAAUGCCUGGGAUUGAACCGUGUGCAAGGCAAAUGCCCUACCUGCUAUGUUAUCACUCCUGCCCUCAAUGUUUGGAUGUGUGUGUUUUUUAAAUUUUCUGACGAAAGCAAAAUGAAAAGAUAACCAUACUUGAUUACUCCAGCUCUAAACUCAUUCCUAAGAAAAAAUUUAGUGAUGUUUUACCUUCUUUAGUAGAGCUUCAUUUGUGAGCAUAUAAGAAAGAUCAAUAGUUUCUCUGCAGACUUGAUCCUUUCUCAUCAUACUUUCAGGAACUAGUAACUUCAUGGUGUCUGGUAAUAAUCACUCUUUUAUUUUGUAAUUAUUUUUAAUUUUUACCUGUCAGAGCAGUGACUUGCUCUCUUCAUUGUAGCGAAGUUCCAAAUGAAAUUUGGGCCAGGGUUACUCUGGCCAGCUGCAAUCCCUACCUUGACCUACAUUCCUGGGGGAUGUUGUGAAUCUUGAUUCACUGGCCUUGGGUUCAUUUUGUAAUUUUGCUAUUCAUCAGCAAAUUUACUUGGAUGAUAAGUGCCAAGACAGUUAAAU